UUUUUUUUUUUUGGGUAUACGAAAGACAAAACGGUUGCUCAACUAAUUUCCUCCAAAGUACUAGUAGAGAAUAAAUUAAAGUUAGCAUAGGAAUCACCGAAGAUUUGGGAUGCUGCUGACUAGAAAUUUAUUUCUCUUUUUCUCUCUCUCCUCCAUUGAAGCCCAACUCUGAAUUCUCCAUUGAAGCAGUUUCUAAGCUUUCUCACCUCCAUUGAACCAGCUUUUGUGAAAUUUUUGCUUGCUCAUUGAAUUGGUUGUGAAGAGAAUGCAAUGGAGCUUCCAUUGUCGCGAUAUCAGAAUAUAUCCUUAGGACAGAUCCUAGAUAGUUCUUCUUCAUCAGCUUUUGAUUCCAAAGCCUUUUUCUUUUCCGGUUCUCAAUUAUAUUGGACUAACGGUAGAAAACGAAGCACAUCCUUUUCUCCAUUACGGUGCUCUUUGGUGAAGCAGACUUUACGCCCCAAACCCAAUUAUAAACCUUCAAAACCCCAUGAAGAUACUGAAGAAAAGACCAACAUUAAGCAUACAAAGGAAAAUAAAUUUUCUUUUGGUCUAUGUGAUCAAAUAGAGAAAUUAGUUUUUAAACGACGGUAUCAAGAAGCUCUUGAGCUGUUUGAUUUUUUGGAGAUUGAGGAUGGUCAUGGAGUCACUAGUAGCACUUAUGAUAGCUUGGUGAAUGCAUGCAUUGGAGCAAAAUCAAUUAAAGGGGUAAAAAGGGUAACUAAUCACAUGUUUAAUAAUGGGUUUGUCCCAGAUCAAUAUAUGAGCAAUAGGGUGUUGUUGAUGCAUGUGAGAUGUAAUAUGUUAAUGGACGCACGUAUACUUUUUGACGAAAUGCCUCAGAGAAACUUGGUUUCGUGGAAUAUAAUGAUUGCCGGGUUAGUGGAUGUAGGAGAUUAUGUUGAGGCUUAUCGAUUGUUUCUUACGAUGUGGUCAGAAUAUUCUGAGGCUGACUCACGAACUUUUGCUACUAUGAUUCGGGCAACUGCAGGUUUGGGGUUGUUAUAUCCGGGAAGACAAUUGCAUUCAUGUGUAUUGAAAAUGGGUGUUAGUGAUGAUAUUUUUGUAGCUUGUGCAUUGAUUGAUAUGUAUAGUAAGUGUGGGAGCAUUGAGGAUGCUCAAUUUGUCUUUGAUGCAAUGCCACAAAAGACUACUGUUGGGUGGAACACGAUUAUUGCAGGCUAUGCACUUCAUGGUUAUAGUGAGGAAGCUUUAAGUUUGUAUUAUGAAAUGCAAGAUGCUAAUGUUCCUAUGGACCAUUUUACAUUUUCGAUUGUUGUAAGGAUAUGCGCUAGGCUGGGGUCACUUGAACAUGCAAAACAAGCUCAUGCAAGUUUAGUUCGUCAUGGAUUUAGCUUAGAUACAGUAGCUAAUACAACCCUUAUAGACUUGUAUAGCAAAUGGGGGAGGAUAGAAGAUGCUCGAAAUGUUUUUGAUAGAAUGCCCUGCAAAAACCUCAUAUCAUGGAAUGCUCUAAUUGCUGGAUAUGCCAAUCAUGGUAGAGGAGAAGAUGCAGUUGAGUUGUUUGACAAAAUGCUUUGUGAAGGAAUGAGACCUAACCAUGUUACAUUUCUUGCUGUUUUAUCUGCAUGCAGUAAUUUAGGCUUGUCAGAUCGUGGGUGGGAUAUUUUUUACUCAAUGGACAGCAUACAUAACAUCAAUCCAAGGGCAAUGCAUUAUGCAUGUAUGAUAGAGCUAUUAGGCCGGGAGGGGCUCUUGGAUGAAGCUUUGGCUUUGAUAAGAAAUGCACCCUUUGAGCCCACAAUGAAUAUGUGGGCGGCGUUGCUAACUGCUUGCAGGAUCCACAAGAACUUAGAGCUUGGGGUUUUUGCUGCGGAGAAACUUUAUGGAAUGGGACCAGAAAAGCUUAGCAACUAUAUUGUUCUUUUGAAUAUAUACAACAACAUGGGGAAGAUGGAGGAAGCUGCUUCUGUCAUUCAUAACUUAAAGCAAAAAGGUUUAAGAUUACUACCGUCGUGUACUUGGAUUGAAAUAAAGAAACAGUCACAUGCGUUUUGUUCUGGUGAUAAGUCACAUGCUCAGACAAAGGAGAUAUACCAGUAUUUGGAUGGUUUGCUUGUGGAGAUCUCGAAACAUGGGUAUGUUCCUGAAAAUAGAUAUUUGCUUCCAGACGUAGAUGAGAAAGAAGAGCAUAUGCUUUUGUACCAUAGUGAAAAGUUGGCUGUGACUUUUGGGCUUAUGAAUACUCCUGAUUAUGUCCCACUUCAACUUGUUCAGAGCCAUCGGAUAUGCCACGAUUGUCAUAAUGCACUUAAGCUGAUAUCAAAAGUCAAAGAUCGUGAGAUUGUUGUGAGAGACGCUAGCAAAUUUCACCAUUUUAAGAAUGGUAGUUGCUCGUGUGGGGAUUAUUGGUAAAUACGUUAUACGUAUACUCCCUCUUUUGGAGGACUGUAAUUUGUAUCACUUCAUUUUUUAUAUUGUUUCACAUCAUAAUAUUAUUAUGAAUCAAUAAUCAUAAUUUUAGGCAUUUAGAGAAAAUUAGCACUAUAGUUUUGGUAGCUAUACUUUUAGCUUAUAUUUUCGGAUGUCAACAAUAAUGUAGCACUACAGAGUAUGAUUUUUUAUUUAUAUAAUGGAGUUCUUGAUCUUAGUUCUUUCUGAAGCUCUGUUUCAAAUUUGAUUCUUUUUUAUAGGAUAUAGGUUUAGGUGAAUGGCCGUUUGGUUACUAUUGGAUUCAUAUGCAGUUUCUUCAAGAUUCUAGACGCAACUAGAUUACUUUCUUUAUUUAAUUUAGCACAUAUGCUUUACUUAUAAUUUUGAGUGAUAAUAUAACUUGGAACUGUACUGAAAAUCUCCAACUGAGAAGAGGAGAUUGAUGAUUGUCAGGAACUUCCUGUUGUACAAAGUACUUAAUUGCAUUUAUAUGCUCCUUAAC